UUCCCGCCCUGCCGGGAGUUGUAGUCGUGCGGCCUCGCAUGGGUCUUCUGACUUAAUGAGAGACCCAGCAGAAACGGGACUACACUUCCCGACGGGCUCCGGUUUCAGCCGCGGGGGAAGGAGGAGGAGCGGAGGAGGAGGAGGAGGAGAAGGAGAAGAAAGCUACAACAUGGCGGCUGCGUCCAUUCCCACGAACCGGGCGCUGUGAGGAGCCAAGCGCCAGGAGCUGGAGCAGCUCUGCCUGUGCCAGGUCCUGGUUCCGGGGGUGCCCGCCCCGUCGCGGAAGUGGGGCUCGCACCCCUCCGCCGCGCGCGGCCAUGGGGGUGCAGGGCUUCCAGGAGUUCGUGGAGAAGCGCUGCCCGGGGGCUGUGGUGCCCGUGGACCUGUUGAAGCUGGCGCGGGCCGUCGGGGGCCGGGGCGGCGGGGGCCCUGCCUACUGCGCCGCCUUCCACCCGCCCCCCGCCGGCUACCCGCCCCCCGCCGGGCCCGCGCCGGGCCUGGGAGCCGUGGUCGGUGCCGGCCCCUACGGUCACCCGCAGCCCUUGCCCGGCCCCGCCGCCGCCCCGUGCCCCGCUCGGCUCCUGGUGGACGCAGACUCGGCCUUGCAGCGCCUCUACGGCGGCUACCAGACGGACUGGGUGUGCGGGGGCCAGUGGAAUGCUAUGGUGGGCUACCUGGCUGCCCUCUCGCAGGCCUGCCUCUACCAAGGCGGGCUGGAGCUGGCUGUCAUCUUCAACGGAGGGCUCGGCAAGGAGAGGCUGCCUGAGUGGGGCAGGAAGGCGCAGGCGGAGAGACAGACAGCCCAGCUCAUCGCUGGGCAUGUGGGCAACAAGGGCACCCCGCCACCCCGGGCCUGGUUCCUUCCCCCGGCCUGCUUGGGGCACUGCGUCCGCUUGGCCAUGAUUCGAUUCCGGGUCAAGGUGUUCCAGAGCCUGGAGGAUCAUCAUCAGGAAGUGGUAUCCUUCUUCCGGGAGAAUGGUUUCCAUGGGCUCAUUGCCCAUGACUCCGAGUAUGCCCUCUGCAACAUACCCUCCUAUUAUAGCUCCCAUGCCCUCAAACUGAGCUGGAAUGGCAAGAACCUCACCACCAACCAGUUCCUGAUGCAAGAAGUGGCUAAGCAGUUGGGCCUCAAGCUAAGCAGCUUUCCCAUCUUCGCUGCCUUGCUCGGGAACCACAUCCUUCCAGAUGAAGAUUUGGCUGCCUUCCAUUGGAGCCUUCUUGGACCAGACCACCCACUAGCUUCACUCAAGGUGCGCGCCCAUCAGCUGGUCCUGCCACCCUGUGAUGUAGUCAUCAAGGCUGUGUCCGAGUAUGUCAGCUCCAUCAAAAAUCCCUCCAACUUGGAUGUGAUAGGGAGAGAUGUCUUCAAGCACUCCCAGUCCAGGACCGAAGAUAAAAUUGAGCGUUUCAAGAAGGCUGUAGAAUACUAUUCCGUGGCCACGAAGGCACCGCCUACCCCAGUGGGCCAGUCCCCGUAUGUUCUUCCAGCUUUUGGGCCCAACCACUUUGGAGGGGCAGCACCUAUGAACCGCAAUCCAAUGGUACCGCUCCCUUCUGGGAAGGCUGUGUUUGCACCUCAGAUGGGGCCAAAGAUGCAGUACCAUCCGCCUUCCACUCAUGGCGGUGUUGCCGCCUCCUCGUCUUUCCUUCCCGGCCCUGGCUCCAGUUUUCUCUUCUCUCCACAUGGCCUGGUGGAUGCAGCCCCUUUCCACGAGGACCCUGCUCUGAAGGGCGGACACUUCAACAACUGGCCUGUUUCAUAUGACAACUGCCCCGCCAAGUUCCCCAACCACCACCUGAGUUCCAAGCCCUCCCCGUCGUCUGGGCCUGGGUCUUCGCCCUCCUCCUCCUCCGAUGGAGAAGAGCACAACGGAACCAGCUCCAACCACGUCUCUGAAUCCGGACCUCGCAAGUCUGGCUGGGAGGAUCCUGGGGCUGAGAAGAGGAUGACUCAGGGCUGGGGGCAGCCACCUGGGGGCACUGGCAACUCAGAGAGGAGCCUGAGUGGGCCUGAGGCUCACAUUCCUUCGCUGCUCUCCAUGGCGACUCGCAACCACAUGGACAUCACCACCCCGCCCCUGCCCACUGUUGCCCCCGAGGUGCUUCGGGUGGCUGAGCACCGGCACCGGCGAGGGCUUAUGUACCCAUUCAUCUACCAUGUCCUAACGAAGGGUGAAAUCAAGAUCCCAGUGUGCAUUGAAGACGAGUGCAACACCGAGCUGCCGCCAGCAGCUGUCCUUUUCCGGGCUGCACGGCAGCAUGUCUAUGGCGUCCUCUUCAGUGUGGCUGAGACCCAGAGGCGGAUGGAACGGCUGGCUGUGCGCAAGCGUAUCCCUGUGAAAACUCCUCCUGUUAUCGUCAAGGAAUGGUCGGCGUACAAGGGGAAAUCCCCACAGACUCCAGAAUUGGUAUCGGCCCUUGCUUUUCGAGAGUGGACGUGUCCCAACCUCAAGAAGCUCUGGCUGGGCAAAGCAGUGGAGGACAAGAACCGACGAAUGAGAGCCUUCUUGGCCUGUAUGAAAUCUGACACCCCCGGCAUGCUCAAUCCCGCCAAUGUCCCCACACAUCUGCUGCUUAUGUGCUGUGUGCUACGAUACAUGAUACAAUGGCCUGGGGGUCGGAUUCUGCAUAGACAUGAGUUGGACGCCUUUCUGGCCCAGGCUGUGUCUGCUCAGCUAUAUGAGCCAGAUCAGCUUCAAGAACUGAAGAUUGAGAAGCUGGAUCCCCGGGGAGUUCAGCUGGCUGCUCUAUUUAUGAGUGGAGUGGACACAGCCCUCUUCGCCAAUGAUGCAUGCGGGCAGCCCGUCCCUUGGGAACAUUGCUGCCCAUGGAUCUACUUUGACGGGAAGCUUUUCCAGAGCAAGCUAAUCAAAGCCACGUGGGAAAAGGCACCCCUGAUAGACCUGUGUGAUGGACAGAAUGAACAGGUGUCCAAGGUAGAGAAGAUGAGGCAGAGCAUCCUGGAAGGCAUCAACUUCAACCGCCAGGCUCCGCCUCCCCUGCUCCCACCUCCACCCUUUGUAUCUUCCAUGGCCCCAUCCUUUUACCCUAUGCCUCUCUACCCUCGCGCCAUUGGUUCUGUCCAGCCUUCCGCCCCUGGGAGGACCAGAGGCUUCACAGGUCUUCACCCUAUCCCGCCACAAGGAGGCAAAUUGGAGAUUGCUGGCAUGGUGGUGGGCCAGUGGGCUGGAAGCAAGCCGUCCCGUGGGCAGGGUUCCUUCGGCAUGCAAGUGGUAUCCGUUGGAGGCCCAGGGAAAGGCCGUGGUCGUGAUAACUCUGGAAAAAUCCCCAAAGGAAACAAGAAAGUGAGCAAGCAAGGCUCUGCAGAAGGAACUGCCAAGACCCCAGAGUUCAACAACAACAAUGGUGGCAACAGCAGUAGCAACAGCAGCAGCAGCCGUCCUCAGUCCCAGGUGAACGGGAACGGGGGCACCACCCCCACGGUGGGCGAGGACCCAGGGGCUGGAGCCUGCCCCUCAGCCACAUCACCUUGUGCCUUAGCCAGAGACGCUGACUCGUGCAAUAACAACAGCCCGUUCUUCGGGACGCUGAGCGGGGAUCCUGAACGGUGCCCGGAGAACAAGCUUUCCUUCCCAGCUCUGCAGAAAGAGGAGUGAAUGGAAGCCGCCGUGGGUCCGAUUGGCUGGCAGUGGGGUGGUGGAGAGAAGUGUCAUGGCGUUACAAACUAGUAGGGGGGGGGAGAGGAUACACCACUUCUGCAAAUCCCUAGAAUGGAAACGUUUGAGCUGGUGAGAAUGGUUAAGUGGUGGGGAGGUCCGGGAGCAGUGCUUUCUUGACAACUUGCAUUUGGAGGGUUUGUGUCAUGGGUGCUUCUUCUUCCCUGUGAGUAGCAGAUGCAGCCCUGGAGGGUGGUGGAGUGACAUGGGAUGGUUUGGGGCUCUUGUCCCACCUUGGGUGACCACAUAGGCGCUUUUUGCUCUCUGCCCCUUGAAUUUGCCAUUGUGCCAAUCGGAUCCCAAAGGGCGGCAUUUUUUUUUCCUUUUAAAUUUUUUAUUUGAAUUUGUUUUGAUUUUUUUUUUUAAUUUUAUAGGGGGGGAGUUGUUUUUAGGGUGCAAGAUUUAUGGUAAUUCUGGAUUUGGGGAAUGGGAUAUUUUUUAAAGGAGAAAAAGCCGGCAAGGUUUUAUUUUAAAAUGGGGCAGAUUUUUCCUGCCUGCCUUGUUAAUUUCUUGCCAGCUCCCCCACCAGCAGGCCAAACAGCAGUGUUGCUUGGGCGGGGGGGGGGAUGGUGGCAAACAGCAUGGAGCGAAGGUUUUUUUUUGGGGGGGUGUAGGAAAAGACAAUGAUUUUUAAAAGAGAGAGAGAGAGAGCAGCACAGCUACUGCACCUUAUACUCCCAGGUGUGUAUAGCAGUCAGCUUGUGCUUUUUAUUAUAUAUAAGAGAGAGAAAGAGAGAGAUUAUAUUUAUAUAUAACAUGAAUAGAGCUAUAUAUAAAUAUGAACGCGGCAAGCCCGGAAAGGGUGAAAACGUUCCCGGGAGACAACUUGCGUUCCGAAAUGCGCUAUGCGUUCUUUGUGAAUUAAAGGACCUGUGUCCCCAGUGGCCAGAGGUUGGCCCUGCUAACAGGGCUGCUGGGGCGGAUGAACCAGGCCUCCUGAUAUCAGACAGAAAACUUCUUAUCUUUCAAGCGGACGAGCACUUACUGUUACAAUUCCAGGACUGUGAGCAAACGAAUAGGGCUGGGGCUGUAAAGGGGUUUGGGGCUAAGGGUGGAUUGCCACCCUGUUGCCAUGGGGCGGGUGGUGGGGAGGCUGGAAGUCAAAAGUAUCAAACCGACCCAGAGCCUUGGGGGGCGCAAGAGGGAGGGGUAACCCAGGAGAACAUAAAGCAGUUCAAGUGAUAUACUGUUCUAUAGGCUGAGUUGUGUGCACCCUGCAGCUUCAGCAAACAAUCUGGAAAUCAGUGCAGGGCUUGGCAUUCUCAAAUCACAGCUUUUGAUUUCAAAGCAACAACUAUCUUUUUUUAAAACAAAACAAAACCCCACUGAUAUUUAAUAGGGAAAUGUUUUCAAAGGGUUUCUUAGAAGAGCUAGUCAGGGCUUUCAGUGCGUUUGUGAGAUGGCUGGGGAGGUUUUAGGGCCUUGCACAACUGCCACUGCUGCUCUUGUUGCUGGUAUCUUCCCCCACUCCCCAUCUCUCACCAUUCAUUUCUGCCCCUUUCAUUCCAUCCAUGUCCAAUGCCAUCUUACAAUUCUCUUGGAAAAAAUUUUUUUAGAAGCUGAAUACAGUGGUACCUCAGGUUACAAACACUUCGGGUUACAAGCUCCACUAACCCAGAAGUAAUACCUCGGGUUGAGAACUUUGCCCCAGGAUGAGAAUGGCAGCAGGAGGCCCCAUUAGCGAAAGUGUGCUUCAGGUUAAGAACGGUUUUCGGUUAAGAACGGACCUCCGGAACGAAUUAAGUUUGUAACCCGAGGUACCACUGUAACUGCAAAAAUAAGCCAGUUCUCUCACACACAUAUAUGGCACAAGAGAGACUGUGUACUGAAACUGUCUGGGUUGUUGUUUUUAGUGCAGAGUACACACAGUUUUGCUUAUAUAGAAUGGAUAAAAUGGGUGGUUUUAAAGUGAAGAAUCAUAUAACUGAGGUGGGAGUUUGGGUGAGCAGGAUUAAAGUUCUGUUGAAAAGAGAACUCUAACCAAUUUUCCAGCUGCAUACGUCCAUGCAGUCUGAUUUCUGACAUCAUCCAUGGCAUGUGCCUCAAUUACUAGAUUGUGAGAGUGUCAGAAUGACCACUCCAACCUGAAAUGUGUGUUGAUUUUUAUUUCUGCUUUCUGCUAUCAGUCAAUCAAUCCAUUCUCCAGUAGUCUGAAUCCCCCACCUGUGAUUCUACCAUAAGAGGAACAGAUGAAAAACAGUUGGCCAGAAAAAAUGUCCUGAUGGCUAUUUCUGCCUCCUUGACCACGAACAGUAUAGGCAAAAGAAAGUACUUCCUAACAAUGCAUAACGAGCGUAUGAAAUUAACUGCCACAAGGGUAUGGUGAUGGUCGCUGCUGGAGAUCCUUUUGACGAGGGCUUUCAACAAAUCCAUGGGCAGAAGUUUAUUUAUUACUUAUUUAUUAAAUUUGCAUCCUGCCCUUCCUCCCAUUGAGUAUGGGAUGUCGGCUCUGUAAAUGUCUACUAACCUUGAUAGCUGGAUGGAGCCUAAAUGUUCAGGGACGGAAUACGUUUGAAUUUCAGUUGCUUGGAAGCAACAACAGGAGUCUUUGGGAAAAGGUGGGAGGGGAAUCUGCCCUGUCACCCACUCAGGAAUCUAUUUCUGAACAUAAAAGGGCAGUUAAAAUGUGCCUAAGGCCUGCGGUGUGGUGUUCAUACUGUGUGUUGGGAGUUUCCAAGGGGCUGAAAGAUUCCUUCAGGUGCUUGCAAGUGCUGGACCUCUAGGGUGGCGUGUGACCUACAGCUGCUAGGAAAACCUCCUCUCUAUAUUGGAGGCUGUAGUGAGGACUCUGUAGCCAACAGCUGGGAGAAGGCAAUGCUCUUUUUAGGUUGACGUCUAGAGCAGCUGGGCAAGAGGAUGGCCUGUAUAGCUGGGGAGCCAGGCAGGAUUUUAGGAGGCGAGGAAGGGUUUCCAGAGGUUGGAGGGGGCACUGAUUUAAAGUGCAGGAAGGUAAUUUGGAUCGUAAGCUCUUAAAGGCAGCUUGAUUCUCACCCACCUAACCUGCACCCCAGUGGGGACCCUUUCCUAUCUUGUAAAAUUAUUGUUGUUCAAAGCAGCUGAAAACCAAACUCCCCAAGUAUUAGAAAUUCCUGUUUGUUCAAAUGUAUUGAAAAUGGAAACGUUUUCUUUUGCUGAAAAUAUGACAGGCAGUUCUGUUCUGAAUAGCUGGGUGGGGAGGAAUCCAGAAAGAAAAAGGUUUUGCCACAUUUAUAUGCUACAAAGUUAUCCAAGCAGAAGCACAUUUUAGGGGGCUCU